GACCGGUUUGGGUUUUGGUCUCUGCCCUUUUGGGUUUUCUUUGCAGACAUAUCUUGGAUCCCAUUUCCAUCAGGUCAGUGCCUAUGUACUUUUUUCAGAAAGGUUGGUGGUGACUGGUGAUUGUUGAAGAGAAUAAUGGCAACUUCAACUAUGGAUAUUCUUCAUUUCCACCACACUCCUUUUUAUUGUGAGGAGAAUGUAUACUUGCUUUGCAAAAAGUUGUGCAAUGAUGGAAUAGCAAAUGCUGAUGGAUCUGAUCUUUUUGUUGCUUUCAUUUCCAACGAAAAGAAACAGAUCCCACUUUGGAAUCAAAAGGCUAGCAAAAGAGCUGAUGGGGUGAUUCUAUGGGAUUAUCAUGUAAUUUGCAUUCAGAUAAAACAAGGAGCUGUCCCUCCACUAGUGUGGGACUUAGAUUCGACUCUUCCUUUUCCUUCACCUCUACCAUCAUAUGUGUCUGAAACAAUUCGUCCGUCUUUUCAGCUUUUUUCUGAUUAUAAUAGAUUAUUCAGAGUUGUGCAUGCCCCGCUAUUUCUUCGUUGUUUUGCAUCUGAUAGAAGACACAUGAAAGAUUCUGGUGGAAACUGGAUUGAAGAACCUCCUCAACAUGAACCCAUAGUUGCCGAAGAUCGAACAGUGCACAACCUGAAUGAGUACAUUAACAUAUCUGCUGCUGAUGCUAUUACCGAUGUUACAAUCAGUUCAGUCAAAGAUGCAAUUUCUACCCAGACACAUGGUGUGGUGAUAAAGGAAAACCAGCUUGAGGAAUUCAUUUGUCAGUUAUCUUCUUUGCAAUAGCCACAUUCAUAUUGUUUGGCAUCCACAUAUCAAUACUUCCCUGGUUUGCAUAUGUUCAGCUGCCAUCUUUCCAUCAAAGAUGCCGGUCAAAUAGUGUUUCUCUUCAAAUGGGGUAUUGUAAAAAUGUCUCUUCUGAAAGUGUCUUUUUGAGAGUAGUGUGCAAGGAAUGCAAAUCUAAGCCCCAUUUUGUUUUUCAGGAGCAGAACACAAUGUUUUGCUUUAAUUCUUCAGUUGUGCCCUUGGUUUAUAGCAACUAUAUGGGUGAUGUGAAUUUUAGAACUGGAAUGGAGAAUGGUUUCUUCUGUGAUGUGUUACUAAGUUAAUUCAGGUGUGACAA